AUGCCCAAGGACGCCUCCGCCCCCCGACGAACCCGAAAGACCACCGGAAAGAAGAAGAAGGACCCCAACGCCCCCAAGCGUGCCCUGUCCGCUUACAUGUUCUUCGCCAACGAUAACCGUGACGCCAUCCGAGCCGACAACCCCGGUAUCGCCUUUGGCCAGGUUGGUAAGGCUCUCGGUGAGAAGUGGAAGACUCUCACUGAUGCUGAGAAGGUCCCUUACGAGGAGAAGGCUACUGCCGAUAAGAAGCGAUACGAGGACGAAAAGGCUGCCUACAAGGCCAACGCCGCCGAGUUCGACGAGGAGGAGUAA